AUGUCUUCCUUUUUUCAGGCUUAUGGCUUGGUUCAAAAUUUAAAUGGAAAACUUUGUUUGGAUACUUUACAAAGAUUAGAAAAUAAAGGGAUUGUUAAUUUGGGUGUGUGGGAAUGCCAAAUUGAGGGAAGUUCUUCACAGGUAGAAUUGUUAUUUUUAAAUAGGGAAGGAGCUAUUGAGGGAAAUUGUUUGAAAGGGAAUUGCUUUCCAAAUACUUUUUUGGUGUCGGAAAUUGGAACUAGCCCAAUCUGUCUAAAUUUUGAAAUUAAAAAAAUUUUCAAGGGAAAAGUGGGAAAAGAUCAAUGUUUGUUUUUGUGUGGGGGGCGUGUUACAGGGAUAUCCAGCUGAACUAAAAAUAAUUUUAAAAUCAAAAAUCG